AUGGAAUAUUUAAAGUCUAAAAUCAAUUAAUAAACCUUGAUUAAAGUGUCUAUAACACCCAAUUAACUAAUCAAGUUCCCUACACUUCAUUUUUAAACAAAAAUAUUUCAUCUAAAUGUUCAUAUGGACACAUACUUUCAUAAAAAUGGAGACUUAGCUGAACAAUUAAAUGUAUCAUUCAAGUUGUUAGAUUAAUGCUUUAAAAGCCUAAUCCAGAUAGCCCAUUGA